AUGAGGCAAGCUCAGUGGUCCCAGUCAGGGUUGGGGCCCUGGCGGUGUGCACUGGCUGUUGUGUGCCAGCCACAACCUGGGGUGCCUAGGCCACAGGUAGGUGGUGGUGGUCUGGCCCAUGCAAGUCUGGAGCUCUUCCCAGAGAGCGCCACACAGAGGGCCAAGCAACCUAGUGAGCAAAUUGCUGAGAAACAGCUCCGUAAAAUUAGACACAAUGCUUUUAAGAAAGAGAUGAUUGAAGCUGCCAUUAAAGAGCAUGAAAAGUUUUGCUUGGGUUCUCAGUGGGAUGUGCACAUAGACAAAAAAUAUAUCAACAACCUUGUGCAGAGAAAAGUGGAAGAUGCUAUGCAAGGAUUUUUGAUAAAUGUUGAAGAAAGAAGAAAAAGGCUCCGGGAUCUCCUGGAAGCUGAAGAAAAUCAGUAUUUGAUGGAAAUUCAAGCAGGUGAAGUCACAAAAAGUAUUCGAUGUGAUGAGAUUUUGCAGAAAACUCGAAGAUUAAGAGAAGAAAGAGAAAAAGAGAGAGAGCAUUUUGUUGCAAAAAAACGAGACCAACAAUUCAGGGAACAGUGUGAAGAGCUGCGUGCCCUCUUGUCCCUACAAGACAAGCAGAAGGUGUGUGAAGAACGAAAAGUACAGCUAGCAUUUAAUGAGGAACUGCGUAAACAACAAAUUAUAGAAGAUAAUAUGUUCAUUGCACUUUGGGAAAGUGACAGAUUAGCAAAGGAAAGGAGAGAAGCUCAGGAAUCCUGUGAAAAAGCAAAGAGAGAUGAGCAGACAGUCUUAUGUCUCGAUGCCCAGAUGGCUAGUCUGAAUGCUCAAAAAGAAGAGGCCAAGCGUCUAAAGAGGGAAGAAGCUCUAUUCCUGGAAAAGAGAGUUGCUCAGCUGAAACUGGAAGACGAAAGAGCAAGGCAGGAGAAGAGGCGAAAGAUGCUCGAGACCAGGGACAUACUGCAGAAAGCCCUGCAAGAGAGGAAUGAGCGUCUGGCUCAGGAAAGAGCCGAGGACCUUUACAUGGACAACAAGCUUUUAGAAAUUGCUCUCCAAGAAACACGAGAUGAGGCUCAAGAAAUGAGGCAAAAGAAAGAAGACACUACGAGGGAGACAAGGCUUUAUCAGGCAUAUCUGAAAGAACGUCAGGAAGCUGAAAGAAAUCAUGAAGAUGAGGCAGACAAAAUCAUUGCAGCCGACGUGGCAAAGAUAAAGGCCAAGAAGGAGGCACAACUGAUGCUUGAAAAAGAUGCAAGAAAACGACUAAUGGAUGAUGUCAUGUGUACAAGAAGACUACAAGUUAUAGAAAAAUUGGAAAGAGAAGCAAAAGAGAAAGAUAUUGAUCGUGAAUUAAUAAUGAAAGGUUUUGAAGAACUUGAGCGUACAAGUACAGAAAAUAGCAUGAGAAAACACCAAGAGAAAAUAGACUAUAGGAUGCACCUGCUAUCACAAAUUGAAGACCAGCAUAAAAAGCGAGAUGCAGAAAAAUUAGCAGAGAGGAAGGAGUAUGAAGCAGGGCUGGAAGCAACUAAAUUUUUCAAUGAAAGAAUUCAGGAAGUACUUGCAGCCCAGAAAACAGAGCAAGAACACAUCCAUCCCUUUCGAAGAACUAAAAAUCCCCUGUCAAAGUGUAUUUAA